GUCAUAAAUACAAGCAAACUCAGUCAAAAGGUCAAAAAAGCUUCAAUCUUCGAACCUUCCCCGUUCCUCCCCUCAUUUAUUCUCUCUAUAAAUUCCCCUUCGGUUUCUCUUUGCCGCCAUAGCCAUUACCAAACUAGAGCUUUUUUCUUUUAUCUCUUGAAGAUGAGAAACCAUUUCUUCAAGUCUUUAACGCCUUCGCAUUCUCCUGCCAGAACCACGCCGUCUCAUUCCCCUGCUAGAACCACGCCGUCGCACGGCCUCUGCGAGUCUCUAAUGGAGGAGAAUAUUGAAGUUGCAGAAACCCUAAUUACGAAAUGGGACUCUGCUUCUUCGUCUUAUGCCGAUAUCACUCCUCUGUUCCAAGACGACCGCUACGAGGCUAAACAGUACCUGAAGGCUGUCAAGGAUUUGCAGACGGCGAUGGAUUAUUUCGGCACCGAGCAUACGAACUCUCACCAUCUUGUUCGCGCUCAGCGUCUGAUGCAGACCGCGAUGAAGAGGUUGCAGAGGGAGUUCCACAGGAUUUUGGCGGAGAAUCGGACGCAUCUGGAUCCGGAAUCCAUUUCGAAUCGGUCGUCUAGGAAUUCGGUUCUCACUGGUAACUCUGAUUUGGAGGAUGAUUCUGAGGACGAUUUGCGAUUUGCGAACGAGAAUGUUUCCGAGGAGGAGCGGAUGUCGAGAUCGGCCAUAGCGGAUUUGAAAUCGAUUGCGGAAGGUAUGAUUUCUGCUGGUUAUGGAAAAGAGUGUGUGAAGAUUUAUACUGUCAAUCGGAAAUCGAUUGUUGAGGAAGGACUGUAUAAUCUUGGAGUUGCGAAGACGAGUUAUCACCAUGUUCAUAGGAUGGAGUGGGAGGUUUUGGAAGUGAAGAUCAAGAACUGGUUGAAUGCUGUUAAAAUUGCUGUUAAAACUUUCUUCGAAGCGGAGAAAUACCUCUGCGAUCGAGUUUUUUGGAGUUCCGCUUCGAUUAGAGAGUCUGUUUUCUCUGAAAUUACCAAAGACAGCGCUCUAACACUGUUCGGCUUCCCGGAAAUGGCGGUGAAAUCGAAGAAAUCUCCCGAGAAAAUUUUCCUGAUUCUCGAUCUGUACGAAGCGAUCUUCAAUCUCUGGCCGGAUAUCGAAUCAAUGUUCGCCUGCGAAUCCACGGCCUCCGUCCGAUCUCUGAUCGACCAUUCGCUAACGAAAAUCGCGGAAAGCAUCCGCUCCAUGCUCGUCGAUUUCGAAUCUCACAUCCAGAAAGACUCCUCCAGAACGCCAGUACCAGGCGGCGGAGUUCAUCCACUCACUCGCUACGUGAUGAACUACAUCGCAUUCCUCAGCGACUACAGCGGAGUCCUCCCAGGAAUAGUCGCGGAUUGGCCGUUGAUGCUUCACUCCACAUUGCCGGAAUCCUUCUUCGGCGGAAACGAUUCGGAAGAAAAUCCUCUCGCCUUACGCUUGGCCUGGUUGAUUUUAGUUCUCCUCUCGAAGCUCGACAGCAAAGCGGAGGUGUACCACGACGCGCCUCUGUCCUACAUCUUCCUGGCGAACAACCUCGAGUACAUCGUCGUGAAGGUACGAACCUCAAAUCUGAGAUCCGUUCUAGGAGACGAGUGGAUCGAGAGCCACGAAGCGAAGGUGAAGCAGUACGCAUCAAGCUACAUACGGAUGGGAUGGAGCAGAGUGUUCUUAUCACUGCCGGAGAAUCCGAUGGGGGAGAUCUCGCCGGAGAGAGCAAGAAAACACUUCCACGAUUUCAAUAUCGCAUUCGAAGAAGCCUACAAGCAUCAAGCGUCGUGGAUCGUGACGGAUUCAAAGCUGCGUGAGCACAUCAAGAUCACGCUGGGGAAGAAACUCGGGACGCUCUACGGUGAGUUCUACAUCAACUACCGGGCGCGAUUGGAGAAUCUUUACGGAAAUGAUUCGGAGGUGAGAUUUGCGCCGGAUGAUUUGGGGAACUACUUGUCGGAUUUGCUUCACGCAGAUGGGAAUUCGGGAGGGAGUGUUUCUUCAAUGUCGUCAUUAUCGUCGUCGCCGUAUCACUUUCAUGGUGGUCGGCGAAGUGGAUGAGGCGGCAGAUAAGGACAAACUUAAGAAAUGAUGUGUGAGGAUAUAAUCUUCGAGACGUGUAUAAAGCAAAUUUAUUUUAAUUUAAUUUUUUUAAAAAAUUAUUUUGUAUGGAUUGGAUAUGAACGUAAUGUAAAUUCCGUUUAAAUCUCAAACGCAUGGGGACCACCAGAUUAGUAUGUA